CUCCAAUGAGGCUCGUCAAAGAGAUAAGGCCCAGCUUACUAGGGACUCUUUACAGACUGAAUUAUUGGCAGUGAGAAAUGAAUGUUCUGGUCUGCGCUCUUCUGUAUUUAACUUGGGAAACCGUAUUCGAGUGUUAGAAGUGGAAAAACAACAACUUAUUGAAGAGCUAAAGGAGGCAGAGAAACGCGCUUUUGAUAUUGGGGAUUUGCUCUCAACAGAGCAUAAAAGAAAUGGCACACUGCUUGAAGAGAUAAGCAGGUUGAAGCUCGCCACUGGAGGGACUCUCAGUGAAGCUGAUUUCACAUCUGUUGUGAAGGAGAUAGAGAAACAGUUUUCAGAGCAUUAUGAAUUGGAACUGAGUCAAUGCCGGAAAGAAAUGGAAGAUUAUUAUCGUUACGCAGAAAACGAGUUGCGUCGUCGUGACACUCUUAUUGCGGACUUAAGUGUCGACCGUUGA